AUGGGCCUUCUCAAACUCUUUGCUCUAGGGGCAUGGCCAGCCACGGUAUUAGCGUCUCCGGUUUUGACAUCUUUGCCAGGGCGACUAGCCAACGAAAAUCCCCCACAAGCAGAGUUCCAGAAUAAUCCUUCCACUGCGACUGCCGACAACCACUACGCCGUUCCGGAUGAGGGGACCACAGACGCGGAUCCUAACCGUAUGGCUCGCGGCUGCACUACGACGAUACGCAACAACAACAUCCCAUGCUACUGGGAUGGUACGCAGACACUUUACUCAGCAACAAAGACUUUGACGGCUCCAGUCGACUGCCACGGCUGCUUAGAUAUCCAUAUUCAACAAGACGUCUAUUUCUGCCCAGUGGAGAAGAUAUACACCACUUUUUGGGCGCCGAACCCCAGCACAGCUUGGCUCACAGUCUGCGCGACAUCUACUCAAAAGGCCAUCAACUUGCACAAGAAGGACAUUUUCACAAACGACGCCGCCUUGCCUGGCCGGACCCGAGCUCCGCAUCCGGACCCGACCAGAAUGUAA